AUGCUUAAUCUUGGUGACUAUGAAAGCAGCAGUGGGGAUGAGGUAGAGCACAAGGGUCCUUCACCCAAUUCUCAGCGUAACAAGGAUAUUCCACCUACAACCUCACAAGCUGGCCGGAACGAAGAUCAUAAACCGUCCCACCAACAACCGAAAGAGACACGCUUUCACAUUGCCACCGAUUCAGUCCCAGAAGGACCUGUCCUUGGCCCCGCUUCUGUCGACAUGACGCCCCUCUCGGAGGACAAGCAUUCGACAAGCGGACGCUCAUCUCCAUUUUCGGCUUCACGAGGACUUGUUCAAGACCUCACUCUCCCCCCGAUUCCCAAUUUAGACAUACCACCAUCACCUCCCGGGUCUCCCAACCCAGCCGCGAACGCGAAAUUUGAGCAUUUCCUCUUGCUCAAAAAGCAAGGCGUACACUUCAACGCAAAACUGGCCAGCUCGUCGUCGCUCAAGAAUCCAAGCUUGCUGAAGAAGAUGAUGGAACAUGCCGGGAUCAAUGAUCAAUCACAAUAUGACACAUCGCUACCAGCCGACUUAUGGAAUCCCGCCAAUCUGCCCAAAUGGGGUUUCAAAGAAGAGCUCUUGAAAACCCAACAAGAUUUCCGUAAACAAUCGGAGGAGAAAAAGGCAUCGGGCCAGCGAAGCUCGGUUGAUUUUGUCACUGGAUCUGCCUGA